AUGGCGCAGAUUCAGGUUCAUCAAGCGGGUGCACCGGUGCCUGGACCCAACGGAGUGGCGGCGGGACCUGGAGCGAUCCAGUUUGUGCCUACUUCGCUUUAUGUUGGAGAUCUUGACUUCAACGUGACUGAUUCGCAGCUUUACGAUCUGUUUAAUCAGGUCGGCCAGGUGGUUUCGGUUAGGGUUUGUAGGGAUUUGAGCACCAGGCGAUCUCUUGGCUAUGGUUAUGUUAACUAUAGCAACCCUCAGGAUGCUGCAAGGGCAUUGGAUGUCUUGAACUUCGCUCCACUCAAUAACAAGCCUAUCAGGAUCAUGUAUUCCCAUCGGGACCCAAGUAUCCGUAAGAGUGGCAUGGCAAAUAUAUUUAUCAAGAACCUGGACAAGGCUCUUGAUCACAAAGCUUUACACGACACAUUUUCUUCAUUUGGCAUUAUUCUUUCUUGCAAAGUUGCUACUGAUGCUUCUGGCCAGUCCAAAGGCUACGGUUUUGUACAAUUUGACAGUGAGGAGGCUGCCCAAAAUGCAAUAGAUAAAUUAAAUGGAAUGUUGAUUAAUGAUAAACAAGUAUAUGUUGGACACUUUCUUCGCAAGCAGGACAGAGACAGUGCUCUAAGUAACAUAAAAUUCAACAAUGUUUAUGUGAAAAAUCUCGCAGAAUCCACAACAGAUGAAGAUUUGAAGAAUAUUUUUGGUGAACAUGGAGCAAUUACUAGUGCUGUCGUGAUGAGGGAUGCUGAUGGGAAAUCAAAAUGUUUUGGAUUUGUUAACUUUGAAAAUGCAGAUGAUGCUGCCAUAGCCGUUGAGGCUCUUAAUGGCAAGAAAAUUGAUGAUAGUGAGUGGUAUGUUGGUAAAGCCCAGAAAAAAUCUGAAAGAGAGCUUGAAUUGAAAGGGCGAUUUGAGCAGACUAUUAAGGAGACUGUUGACAAAUACCAAGGCGUGAAUUUGUAUAUCAAGAAUCUAGAUGACAGCAUUAAUGAUGAAAAACUGAAGGAAUUGUUCUCUGACUUUGGCACUAUUACUUCAUGCAAGGUCAUGCGUGACCCUGGUGGUAUUAGCAGAGGUUCUGGAUUUGUUGCUUUCUCAACCCCCGAAGAAGCAUCUCGAGCUCUUGCUGAGAUGAAUGGCAAAAUGGUUGUCAGCAAACCUCUAUAUGUUGCCCUUGCUCAACGGAAGGAAGAGAGAAGAGCAAGACUUCAGGCACAAUUUUCUCAAAUGCGGCCAGUUGCCAUGGCUCCUUCAGUUGCUCCUCGUAUGCCAAUGUAUCCUCCUGGUGCUCCUGGUAUGGGACAACAAUUUCUGUAUGGGCAAGGCCCUCCAGCCAUAAUUCCUCCACAGGCUGGAUUUGGCUACCAACAGCAACUUGUCCCUGGAAUGAGGCCUGGUGGAGCUCCAAUGCCAAACUUCUUUGUGCCUAUGGUUCAGCAGGGCCAGCAAGGCCAGCGCCCUGGAGGGCGGCGUGGAGGUGGUCCUGUUCAACAGACCCAACAACCAGUCCCCCUCAUGCAGCAACAGAUGCUUCCUAGGGGACGUGUCUAUCGUUACCCUCCCGGCCGAAACAUGCCAGAUGUUCCGAUGCCAGGUGUUGCUGGUGGCAUGCUUUCUGUUCCUUAUGACAUGGGUGGCAUGCCAAUACGAGAUGCUGCUGGCGGACAGCCCAUGCCCAUUACUGCUUUAGCGACAGCCCUUGCAAAUGCAUCACCUGAACAGCAGAGGACGAUGCUGGGUGAAAGUCUUUACCCCUUGGUGGAUCAGCUGGAGCAUGAUUCAGCAGCCAAGGUUACAGGCAUGCUUCUAGAGAUGGAUCAAACCGAGGUUUUGCACCUUCUUGAGUCACCAGAGGCUUUGAAGGCAAAAGUGGCAGAGGCUAUGGAGGUCCUUAGGACUGUAGCUGCUCAACAGCAGAUCAACAGUCCAGCGGACCAGCUUGCCUCUCUCUCUCUGAAUGACAAUCUCGUCCCUUAA